AGCUCAGCUCUACACAUCUCCUCUUGCAUGCAACUCACUGAGAGGGAGAGGCAAGCCAAGCCUCCCCUCUCUGCCUGCUUCCCAAGCCAUCAAGGACCCGUUAUAGCAUCUCCAGCACCCCCACCCACCCCCCCCACUCCCUCCCAGAGAGACACCCUGGAUUCUUACAGCCCCAAAGAGGAAACAAACAAAAGAGUUGAUUAAACAGCCAAAAGCUCUUCUCAACUGCAAAGAUCCUGCAAGCUCUUUGAGUGCCAAGUGGUGAAUGAUGGGCUGGAACAUCUUCAGCGCACCAUGAAGAUUGACUUUGCUUUUACUCUCUCAAGAGUUACGUGCUUUAUGAGUUCACCACCACCACAGCUGCAUCGUUGCCAUCACUGUCAGGUUCACAGCUGCUUCUAGGAAACUGGAAUUUGAGGAUUGGCUUCCACCUCUGCCUUUACUCUCUCCUCAAAACAACCAGUUUCAUCUUUGCGUUUUCUACUGAAACAAGAACACCUUCUGUGUUUUUUGCCAUUCACGAAAGUUCAUCACCUGGAGAAUUCUUUCCAUAUGCCCUCUCCUCCUUGGAUAAAGGCCUCCGGAUCCUAACGGAUAGCUGAGAUCUUUCCUUGGAGAGGGAAGAGCAAGUUAUUGCAACAAUGGGCUUCACACUCCACUCUGUCUGCUUCACCCUGAAGGUGAGUUUACUACUGGGAUCCUUGCUGGGCCUCUGUCUGGGCCUGGAGUUCAUGGGACUCCCAAACCAGUGGGCCCGCUACCUCCGCUGGGAUGCCAGUACUAGGAGUGACCUGAGUUUCCAGUUCAAGACCAAUGUCUCAGCUGGGCUGCUCCUCUACUUUGAUGAUGGUGGUGUCUGCGACUUCCUCUGCUUGUCCCUUGUUGAUGGGCGCAUCCAGCUUCGGUUCAGUGUGGACUGUGCUGAGACCACAGUCAUCACAGACAAGCAGGUCAACGACAGCAAUUGGCAUUUCCUGAUGGUCAGCCGCAACCACCUCCGGACGGUGCUAGUGCUGGAUGGCGAAGCUAAACCUGGUGAGGUGCGCCCGCAGCGCCAGUAUAUGAACAUUGUCAGUGACCUCUUUAUGGGUGGUGUCCCAUCAGACAUCCGGCCUGCUGCCUUGACUCUUGAUGGUGUCCUGAGUGAGCCCCCAUUUCAAGGAUUUAUCCUGGAUCUGAAGUACGGCAACUCAGAACCUCAGCUCCUGGGCAGCCAUGGGGCUCGGCUGGACAUGGAGGGGCUCUGUGCAGAGAACCCUUGUGAGAAUGGUGGCACUUGCUUCCUCCUGGACGGUGAGCCUCACUGCGACUGCUCAGCCACUGGAUAUGUUGGCAAACUCUGCUCUGAAGAUGUCAAUCAUAUUCCAGGCCUCUCGCACCUGAUGAUGGGUGAACAAGCCAUGGCUAUUUGCCAAAUUGAGACCUCCUUUACUAAUGUCCAGGAGAGAGGUUUCUGCGAGGCUGAAGAGAGCCAUGGUGCAUAUAAUGGGGUGAAUACAACUGAAAGUUGGAGUCUUUCCAGUGGACAAUAA